AUGCCUUCUCUAUCAUCAACACCCCUAACCCUCAUCGUCGCAACAACCCCAAUCCCCCACCCCACCACGACAACAACAACAACAACAACACCCCCGCAAAAUGCCUGCCCCAAGCUCGGAAUUGGCCAAAACGGCACCCUCCCCUGGCCACGCAUAAAAGCCGACAUGAGCUUUUUCGCGCGCGUAACCUCCCGCCCCCCUCGCACUGGUACAACGAACGCAGUAAUCAUGGGCCGCAAGACAUACGAAUCCAUCCCCGAGAAACUGCGGCCGCUGGGGAAGAGGGUUAAUGUUGUUGUUACGCAGGAUGUGGAGGGGAAUGCGGGGAGGGUGAGGAAGGAGCUGGAGGGGAAGAGGGAGAGGGAUGCUAAAAAGGCUGCUGAGGCAAAGGCACAGGGGAAGGCUGGGGGUGCGGGGACGGAGGGGACGGAUGCGAUUGUUAGUGAGAGUUUGGAGGGUGCGAUGGGUGAUUUGGAGGGUGCGUAUGGGGCUGGGGAGGAGAGCAAGUUGGGGAAUAUAUACAUUAUUGGCGGGGGGGAGAUUUACGCUUCUGCACUGCGGUCUGGCGCUGGACUUAACCGGAAGAUCCGCAUCGUCAUGACGAAUGUGAAGAGGAAGGGGGAUGAGGGAUACAAUUGCGAUACGUUCUUCCCCGUCAAUGAUUUCAGCGCUGAGAAUGGGUGGCGGACGGCUAGUCCUACGGAGGUUAGUGAGUGGGUUGGGGAGAAUGUUGAUGGGGAGUGGAGGGAUGAGGGGGAGGUUGUGAUUCAGAUGGUUGGAUAUGAACGGGUUGACUGA